AUGGGAACCAAUAAAGAAUGUGUUGAGCAUUUAGAAAUUGCACUCGGUGAGGUUCAAGAUGGACUACACAGGAUGGAGCUCUAUAUGGCUGAUAGGCAUCGCCAAUGGGAGGAAACCCUCAAUCGUCUCUCCGAUGCUCGCUUUGGAUCAUCAGAGUGCGAAAAUUUUGAUGAAGCUCUUUCGAGAAUCAGACAAACUGGAUCCUUGCGUGAAUACCAAAGAGAAUUUGAACGAUUAGGCAAUCGGGUUAGAGGCUGGACACAAAAAGCUUUAGUGGGAACUUUUAUGGGUGGUUUGAAGUCAGAAAUAUCUGAUGGCAUUCGUAUGUUUAAACCACAAACAUUAAAGGAUGCUAUCAGCUUUACACGAAUGAAAGAUGAUCAGCUCAUGAGACAGAGGAAGUUCCUACGUCCAACACCACCAGUACGAGCUUCUCUAGCCCUUUCACUAUCAACGUCAACAACACCUGUGGCACCUAUACGACAUUUGAGUUGGGAUGAAAUACAGCGGAGACGACUUCAAGGAUUAUGUUUUAAUUGUAAUGAACGUUUUACAGCAGGGCAUCAAUGUCAAGGAGCAAAAUUGCUUAUGCUAGAAGGCCAUGAUGAAGGUGAUGAAGCUGUCUGCUACAACAUCCACGACAAACAGAAUGCUGCAGACCACCUUGAGGAAUUCAUGGAACCAGAGAUUACGUUGCAUGCAUUAACAGGAUGGACUGCACCCAAAACUAUACAAGUAACUGCCAGAAUUGGUUCUAAUGCCAUAUUCACACUAAUUGACAGUGGUUCCAUACACAAUUUCAUUAGUGAACGUAUGACUAACUUACUGUGUCUACCAGUGGUAUUUACUAAAGCGUUCAUUGUAAGGGUAGCAAAUGAGAAGAAUCUUAAAUGUCAAGAAAAGUUCAACGAGGUUCAGGUAGAUCCACAAGGCUCUAUUUUUUCCUUAACACUAUAUUCUCCACCACUCACAGGGCUAGAUUUGGUGUUAGGCAUUCAAUGGCUCGAGUUACUCGGGUCUAUGGUUUACAACUGGAAACAGUUAACCAUGGACUUCUUUUGGGCCAAUAAAGCUAGAAGAUUGGAAGGGAUAGACGACCAUGAGAUUCAAGCAGCUACAUUUAAAGAGAUAUCCAAAGAGAUUGAUCACAUUAUUCCCUUGAAAGAAGGCAUUGCACUAGUGAAUGUACGCCCAUAUCGCUAUGCUCAUUAUCAUAAGGAGGAGAUUGAAAAACAAGUCCAAGAAAUGCUAAACUCCGGACUUGUUCAACCGAGCACUAGUCCCUUCUCAUCACCGGUUAUCUUGGUUAAGAAGAAGGAUGGUAACUGGCACUUUUGCACAGACUAUCGUGCACUCAACGCUGCCACAAUUAAAGACAGGUUUCCAAUUCCCAUUGUUGAAGACAUGUUGGAUGAACUCUAUGGUUAUUAUCGCAAGUUUGUCAGCCAAUAUGGUGUUAUUACUCGGCCUCUCACCAAUCUCCUCAAAAAAGGCCAAUUUGUUUGGGAUGAUAAGGUAGAAUCUGCGUUCAUUGCACUCAAGCAGGCCAUGACCAUAACUCCUACACAUGCCAUGUCUAAUUUCAAUGACUCUUUUACUAUUGAGACUGAUGCUUCUAGUGAAGGCAUUGGUGCUGUGCUGUCACAACAAGGUAAACUAGUAGCCUUCAUGAGCCGAGCUCUUGGGGAAGAUAUCAAACACGUCGCAACAAUUAAUCCAUAUAUCCAGACAAAAGGUCAUUUGGCCACUGAUCAUCCUGAAAGGUCGUAUAAGUGGCGUCAUGGGUUACUCUUCCACAAAGGGAAGGUCUUUGUUCCUGAUGAUAACUUCUUACGCACUCGUUUACUCCACGAAGUGCAUGACACCAAAACAGGCGGGCAUUCUGGCAUCUUACGCACAUUCAAGAAAUUGGGCCAACAAUUCUACUGGUCAGGGGUGCAUCGUUCAGUGAAAGACUAUAUUAAAGGCUGCGACGUUUGCCAAAAGAUCAAGGCUGAAACAAUGGCUCCAGGAAAAGAUGCAAUUAUGGUGGUUGUUGACAGGUUUAGCAAAUCAGCUCAUUUUCUUUCUUUAACUUAUCCAUUUACUGCUAAAAUUAUGGCUGACAAGUUUGUAGACGGAAUUAUUAAGCUCCAUGGCAUGUCCAUUUCUAUUAUCAGUGACUGCGAUCCCAUUUUUGUUAGUAAAUUCUGGCAGGAAUUCUUCAAGUUGUCGGGCACCAAAUUGAAGCUCAGUUCUGCUUACCAUCCACAGAAUGAUGGACAGACGGAGGUUGUUAAUCGCUGUGUUGAGCAGUAUCUACGCUGUUUCGCGUUGUAUGGUCGCCUACCCCCAUCCAUUCCAUUGUACACUGAAGGCCUCUCGGCUGUGCAUGAAGUGGAUCAUCAUUUAUUACAUCGUGAUGCCUUGCUUAAACAACUCAAGACCUACUUAGAAACUUUAGUUAAUCGUAUGAAGCAAAUGGCAGAUCGCAAGAGAAGGGAUGUCUCGUUUGAAGUUAGCAACUAG